CGUAAACCGAAACAUACAAUUUAAAAUUAGUCUUCAAUUUUAAAGGAGAACUACAAAAAAAAGUAAAAGAUUUUUAAACAAAAUAAUGAAUAAUUUUAUUUUUUGAAGGGAGGAGCCUAGGAGGGAGCAAGAAAGUUGACCAAACAAUUAAAGUCCACCUUAACAUUAUUAUUUUGCCUACAAAUAAACCAAUGGCGGUGGCUCCUAUUUUUCCCACCACCCCCAACCACCGGACGGCAAAAUAAAUUUAAAAAAAAAAAAAGAAAAUGGGAACAGUGGAAAUCGAGGCUCCGAAAAUCCCGGGGGAAGACGCCGGAACAGUAAACGAAGAGGAGCUCUCUCCGAUAGAGCAGGUCCGGUUGACCGUACCCGUCACCGACGACCCGACCCAGCCCGUAUGGACCUUCAGAAUGUGGGUCCUGGGCGUCUUCUCCUGCGUGCUUCUCUCCUUCCUCAACCAGUUCUUCGCCUACCGGAAGGAGCCGCUGGUGAUCACGCAGAUCACCGUCCAGGUGGCGACGCUCCCGAUCGGGCGGUUCAUGGCGGCGGCGCUGCCGGCGGCGAAGUUCCGGGUUCCCGGAUUCGGGGCGCGGGAGUUCUCGCUGAACCCGGGCCCGUUUAACAUGAAGGAGCACGUGCUGAUCACCAUCUUUGGGAACGUGGGGAGUGGGACCGCUUAUGCCGUUGGGAUUGUUACCAUUAUUAUCGCUUUUUACCGCCGCAGUAUCUCUUUUUUCACUGGCUGGCUCCUUGUUAUUACCACUCAGGUAUUAGGAUAUGGAUGGGCUGGACUUCUAAGAAAAUACGUGGUGGAGCCCGCUCACAUGUGGUGGCCCAGCACUCUCGUCCAAAUCUCCCUCUUCCGGACACUCCAUGAAAGGGAUAAUGAAGGUGAAGAUAAAGGGCACAUGUCCAGGGCAAAGUUCUUUGCAAUUGCCCUAACUUGCAGUUUCUUAUGGUACUUAUUCCCUGGCUACUUCUUCCAGACCCUACAAAGCAUCUCUUGGGUGUGUUGGGCCUUCCCCAAAUCUGUCACGGCCCAACAGCUCGGGUCGGGAAUGAGCGGGCUUGGGCUUGGAGCCGUGACGAUGGACUGGGCCACAAUAGCGUCAUUUUUGUCCAGUCCACUCAUAAGCCCGUUCUUCGCCAUUGCCAACGUCUUUAUCGGCUACAUGAGCGUGAUGUACGUCGUGAUUCCGUUGUUCUAUUGGGGGUUCAACGUCAACAGCGCCAAAAACUUUCCCGUUAUUUCGUCGGACUUGUUCACCGCGCAGGGCCAACUGUAUAAUAUAUCGGCCAUUGUUAACCAGAAGUUUGAGCUUGACGAGACGCAGUACGCCAAGCAAGGGAGGAUACACUUGAGCACCAUGUUUUCUUUGGCCUAUGGGUUCGGAUUUGCUACGAUUGCGUCUACGCUUUCUCACGUAGCCAUCUUCUAUGGAAGGGAGAUAUACGAUCGAUACAGAGCCUCGACAAAGGGAAAAGAGGAUAUCCACACUAGAUUGAUGAGGAACUACAAAGACAUACCUUCAUGGUGGUUUUACAUACUUCUUUCAGUGACAAUGGCGGUUUCGCUAACGUUGUGCAUCUUCAAGAAAGAGGAGGUUCAGAUGCCAUAUUGGGGACUUCUCUUUGCAGCUGCCAUUGCCUUCUUCUUCACCCUCCCCAUUAGCAUCAUCACUGCUACCACAAACAUGACACCAGGACUGAAUAUAAUAACAGAAUACAUAAUGGGGAUAAUAUAUCCGGGAAAGCCAAUAGCCAAUGUUUGCUUCAAGACGUACGGAUAUAUGAGCAUGGCUCAAGCUGUCUCCUUCCUCGGCGAUUUCAAGCUUGGCCAUUAUAUGAAGAUUCCUCCCAGAUCCAUGUUCUUGGUUCAGUUCAUAGGAACCAUAGUAGCCGGAACAACCAACAUGGUCGUAGCGUGGUGGCUCUUGCAUUCGGUCGACAACAUCUGCCACCAAGACAAGUUCUCGAACAGCCCGUGGACGUGCCCGGGCGACCACGUCUUCUUCGACGCGUCGGUCAUUUGGGGUUUGGUCGGCCCGAAGAGGAUCUUCGGGUCCCUCGGGAACUACUCCGCCCUUAACUGGUUCUUCCUCGGAGGUUUGUUGGGUCCCGUCGUGGUUUGGCUCCUACACAAGGCCUUCCCCUCCCAAGCAUGGAUCCCUCUCAUCAACCUACCCGUCCUCUUUGGGGCCACCAACGGCAUGCCCCCGGCAUCCUCCCUCAACUACACGUCUUGGAUUCUGGUGGGGACGGUCUUCAACUUCUUUGUUUUCAGGUACAGGAAGAGGUGGUGGCGGAGGUACAAUUACAUCCUGUCGGCGGCGUUGGAUGCCGGCGUCGCGUUCAUGGCCGUGUUUUUGUACUUCGCGGUGGGGUUGGAGAACCGGACCGUGUCGUGGUGGGGCACCACCGACCCCGAGCAUUGUGAUCUUGCCACGUGUCCCACCGCAAGAGGUGUGGUUGUGGAUGGUUGUCCUCCGUUUUAGUCUCUAUCUUUUUUUAAAAAAAAUGCUAGGGGUACACUAAAGGUGUACCCCAUUCGUCCCCCACUCCCUCCAUUACCACAAAAAUGGGUAAGAUACUAAAAAAAAUUAAAUAAAUAAAAGUGGGAUAAAAAUGAGUCGUGGAGAAAGGGGUGGGGGACAGAUGGAGUACACCUUUGAUGUACCCCUAGCAUUGCUCCUUUUUUUAUAGCUAGCUCUUGUAACCAACUCGCAUCGAUAAAAAGGUCAACUUGUAUCAUAUCGGGUUAGGUGCUAUAAAGAAAAAAACUCCGUCAUACUAUGUACAAAAAUUGUGCAUUUUUCUACAAUUUCAAAUUCAAGGUUUCAUAUUUGUCAUUUGCCGGAUUGAAAGUGUUGUUAGCAAGAAAAUAAAGAACUCUUU